AUGGGCCAAAUUGAUUCUAACUUUAAGCAACCUCAGGGCUGUGACAGUAAAAACACAACUUUAAACCUUGAAAUGAUUUUAACUAAAAGCAGGAUUAUUAAAAGUAUUCAUCUUUUCCACAGUGUAGUGUUGUUUGUCGAUGAAGCUGAUGCUUUCCUAAGAAAGAGAAGCAAGGUAUCUAUCAGUGAAAACCUUAGGAGUACAUUAAAUGCUUUUCUAUACAGAACAGGAGAGGCUAGCAGCAAGUUUAUGUUAGUUCUUGCCAGUAAUCAGCCUGAUCAGUUUGACUGGGCUAUCAAUGACAGGUUAGACGAUCUGGUUCACUUUGAUCUUCCUGGGGAAGAGGAAAGAUACCGACUUCUAAAGCAAUACUUUACACAAUAUGUCCUCUCUCCUCCUCGUACUUCAUGGUGGAGACGUCAAAAGAUGAUACCCACGCCACCUGACAUAAACUGGGAGGAAUGUUUCAAGAAAAUGUCAACAGACGUUGCUGGUUUCUCUGGUAGAGAGAUUGCUAAAUUAGCAGUAGCAUGGCAGGCUGCAGCUUAUGGUUCUCCUGGUGGUGAGCUGACGGUGAAGAUGAUUAAUGAUUGUGUGAAUGAAAUGAUAUCACAACACAAGCAAAAGAGAGUCUGGCAAGAUGACGAAGUUAUUAAUGAAUAAUAAUAAAAAUUAUUAUUAAUUAUUAUAAUUAAUAUCAGAAGUGAAAGUCUGCCUUAACAAUGUAUAAUAGUGUGUAUAGUUUAAAAACAAUUAAUUUAUUA